ACUCAAGAACCUUCAAUGGAUCCUACCCAGAUCAAGAAGAUUCAAGCCAUGAGGAGAUACAAGAGGCAUCAGUUUCUGGAUAAUUUGUACUUCUAUUCCUUGAUUACUGUGACUUGCAUUCUGUUCUGUUGUAUCCCUCUGUCCCUGCCUUACUUUGCCUCUGUGUUGAGAGAGUUUUUCAUAGUAUGCGUCCCAAGUUUUGUUUCAGCCAUGUUGGACUCAAAGUUCUUAUUCAUACUAGGCAACCUCAUCAUUGUUGUCCUUAUAAUAAAUUCUAGAGUCUUCUCUUCAAAAUCCUCUUCUUCAACUUCUGAUGUUUACUAUGACGAGUUCAUCAAGAGUAGAGUCGAGAGACAAACCCAAAGGCCUCAAGCUCCAACUUCCCAGUACAUGAAAGUCAGAGGAAUGGAGGAACAAGUUUCAGAAUGUGCAGAUGUGAGAGGGGAAGAAGUAGAAGAAGAGAAUGCGGAUGAAGAAGAAGGUGAACUGGGUUUGGCUUCUGAUUCUGAUGAAUUGAGCAAAAGGGCUGAUGAUUUCAUUGCCAGAGUGAACGAGCAGAGGAAGCUUGAGCUUAACCUUUUACAAUGCAGCAGUUACUUAGAGUAGCUCUUCCCGGGGGG